GCUUUGUGAGCGGCAGGGAUUUGUAACUUAAUGCCGAGUGCUUCUUGCGUAGCUCAUCUGUGUCUAGGAUGAACUGCUGGUUGUCCUGUGCCCCUAACAACAGACAAGCAGCAGAUUGGAAUAAAUAUGAUGACCGGUUGAUGAAAGCUGCAGAGAGGGGAGAUGUGGAGAAAGUGUCCUCAAUCCUUGCUAAAAAAGGAAUGAACCCUGGCAAAGUAGAUGUGGAAGGCCGGUCCGCCUUCCAUGUGGUGGCCUCCAAGGGGAACCUUGAGUGUUUGAACGCCAUCCUCAUACAUGGAGUGGACCUCACAGCCAGCGACCCUGCAGGGAGAAAUGCUCUGCACCUGGCUGCUAAGUAUGGACAUGCAUUGUGCCUACAGAAACUUCUACAGUACAAUUGCCCCACCGAGCUCGUGGACCUACAGGGCAGAACUGCACUUCAUGAUGCAGCAAUGGCAGACUGUCCAUCCAGCAUACAGUUGCUCUGCGACCACGGUGCUUCUGUGAACGCCAAAGACAUAGACGGGCGGACACCACUUGUCCUGGCCACUCAGAUGUGUAGGCCGAUGAUAUGUCAACUGCUGAUAGAUAAAGGGGCUGAUAUUAAUUCCAGGGAUAAACAAAACAGAACUGCUCUCAUGCUGGGCUGUGAGUAUGGCUGCAGAGACACUGUAGAAGUCUUAAUUAGAAAUGGUGCUGACGUAAGCUUGCUGGAUGCCCUCGGCCAUGAUAGUUCUUACUAUGCAAGAAUUGGGGACAACCUGGACAUCCUCACCUUGCUGAGGACUGCAUCAGAGAAUGCCAGCAAAGGGAGAGAACUUUGGAGGAAAGGAGCCCCUUUGCAACAGUGGAAUGUAAAAGAAGAGGUCAACAUGAAGUCGAAUCAGAGAGAGCGUCCCAGUGUUCAGGAGCUGGAGAUUGAAAAUGAAGAUUUGAAAGAGAGAUUGAGGAAAAUUCAGCAAGAACAAAGAAUAUUGUUGGAUAAAGUCAAUGGCUUACAGUUACAGCUGAAUGAGGAAGUAAUGGUUGCUGAUGAUCUGGAAAGUGAGAGAGAAAAGCUGAAGUCCCUUCUGGCAGCUAAAGAAAAGCAACAUGAAGAAAGCUUAAGAACUAUUGAGACUCUGAAAAACAGAUUUAAAUAUAUUGAGAGUGAUCAUUUAGGCUCAGGAAGUCAUUUCAGUAACCGAAAAGAAGACAUGCUUCUUAAGCAAAGUCAGAUGUACAUGACGGACCUACAGGGUACUCCCCCGGGCACGGCAGCCCAGGUACAGAGCAGGUCUGUGCUACGACCACUGGAGCUGGCUUCCCCCAAUCAGACCUCCUACUCUGAAAGUGAGAUUCUAAAGAGAGAGUUCGAAGCCAUGCGGACCUUCUGUGAUUCAGCAAAACAAGACCGACUCAAGCUCCAAAACGAACUGGCCCACAAGGUGGCCGAGUGCAAAGCCUUGGCCCUGGAGUGCGAGAGGGUCAAAGAGGACUCAGAUGAGCAGAUCAAGCAGCUAGAAGAUGCCCUGAAGGACGUGCAGAAGAGGAUGUAUGAGUCAGAGGGGAAAGUGAAGCAAAUGCAGACCCACUUUCUGGCCCUCAAGGAGCACCUGACCAGCGAAGCUGCCUCAGGACACCCCCGGGCCAUGGAGGGACUGAAAGAGCAGUUGAAAGACAUGAAGGUCAAGUACGAAGGCGCCUCCACGGAGGUGGGCAAGCUCCGGAACCAGAUGAGACAGAGCGAGAGGCUGGUGGAAGAACUGAGGAGGGAGGAAGGCCGGCUGAGGGAGGAAACGGCAUGGCUGCAGAAGGAGCGAAGCACGUGCAGGAUGGAGCAGGAGGAGGCAGGGAGGAAGGCGACGGAGAUGGAGGGCCAGCUGAAGCAGCUGCAGGCACAGCUGGCUCUUGCCGUUCCUCCGGAAACAUUUGAAAACAUGAAGAGCGUCUUAUCGAGCGAGGUGAGUGAGAAAACCAAGAAACUAACGGAGGUAGAAAGAGAACGGGAGAAAUCAGUCAGUGAAGUCAGACAGUUAAAGAGAGAGCUGGAGAGCAUGAAGGCCCAGCUGGCCGAGCAUGUCCGGCCCGAGGAGCACGAGCAGCUCAAGCGCCGGUGGGAGCAGAAGUCUGGGGAACUGGGGAAGAAGGUCACUGAGUUGACGCUGAAAAACCAGGCCCUCCAGAGGGAACUGGAGAGAGCGGGCGUGGACAGUCAGCUCCUCAGCCGGCAAGUUCACGACCUGACAGUGGAGAUGAAGAAUCACUACGUUCCUCUGAAAGUCAGCGAAGAAAUGAAAAAGUCACACAAUGUGAACAUUGAUGACUUGAAUAAAAAGCUUUCAGAUGCCACACAGAAGUACACAGAAAAGAAGUUGGAAACAGAGAAACUACAGAUGGAAAAUGACAGGUUAAGUAAGCACGUUAGCCGCCUGGAAACUGUGUUCAUAUCUCCCGAGAAACAUGAAAAGGAGCUUGGGGCUCUGAAAGCCAACCUUGGUGAACUUAAAAAUCAGCUCUCUGAACUUAAUAAAAAAUGUGGUGAAGACCAGGAAAAAAUUCACACACUCCUGUCUGAAAACACUAGCUUGAAAAAGACCCUGAACCUCCAGUACGUGCCAGUCAAAACCCAUGAAGAGGUUAAAAGCGCACUGAACAGCACGCUGGAGAAAACUAAGAGAGAAUUAUCGGACAUGAAGAAAAGAUUUGAGGACAUAAAUCAAGCAUUUGUAAAAGUCAAAGAUGAGAACGAAAUCCUCAAAAGGAACCUGGAAAACACUCAGAAUCAAAUGAAAGCCGAGUACAUCAGCCUGGAUGAGCAUGAGGCCAAGCUGGAGGCCACAGGUCAGAGGCUGAAGGAGGCGCAGGACGCCAAGGCUGCUGUCCUGGCUGACUAUAAGCGAGGUCAGGAGGAGAUCCUGACACUGCAUGCAGAAAUCAAGGCCCAGAAGAAGGAGCUGGACACGAUACAAGAAUGUAUUAGGCUGAAGUACACGCCGAUUAUCAGCUUUGAAGAGUGUGAGCGGAAAUUCAAAGCAACAGAGAAAGAACUGAAAGAGCAGUUAGCGGAACAGACACAGAAGUGCCGGGUCAGGGAAGAAGAGGCCAAGAAAAGCGAACAGGAGAACAACAGGCUCAAGAAGGAGAUUGUCACUCUUCAGAAAGAGUUAAAGGACACGCAUACCCUGAUGGGGGAUGCCCGGGAAACGGAAAGAGCAUUAGGCAGGAAAACAGAAGAGCUAAACAAACAGGUGAAAGAUCUGUCACAGAAAUACACCGAAGUGAAGAAUGAGAAAGAGAAGCUACUAGAGGAAAAGGCCAAACAGACUGCCGAGAUCCUCGCCACACAAAGUGUAAUGCAGAAGCAGCAUGUCCCAGUGGAACAGGUGGAGGCGCUGAAAAAGUCUCUCAAUAGCACCAUUGAGAACUUAAGGGAGGAGAUAAAGAGCAAGCAACGGUGUUGUGAGAAGGAGCAGCAGGCUGUGAGCAGGCUGCAGCAGCAGUUGGACAAUCAAAGGAACUCUUCUGUGCCCCUGGCAGAACACUUGCAGGUUAAGGAGGCCUUUGAGAAGGAGGUUGGGAUCAUGAAAGCGAGCUUGAGAGAAAAGGAGGAGGAAAGCCAAAAUAAAACAGCAGAAGUCUCCAAGCUCCAGACUGAGGUUCAGAGUACUAAACAGGCGCUAAGGAAAUUAGAGAACAGAGAGGUGGUAGAUUUGUCUAAAUACAAGGCAACAAAAAAUGAUUUGGAGGCCCAGGUCUCCAGCCUGAAUGAAAAACUGGCCAGUCUGAACCGGAAGUAUGAUGAAGUGUGUGAGGAGGUUUUGCAUGCUCAAAAGAAGAAAUUAUUGGUGAGAGAAGAGAAGGAGUCGCUACGCUGCAGCCUUGAGCAGGAGAUAGAGGACCAGAAAGAGCGGUGUGAUAAGUCUCUAACUACCAUCUCAGAGUUACAGAGGAGAAUCCACGAAUCUGCCCAGCAGAUUGAAGCCAAAGAUAAUAAGAUAACUGAGCUGCUCAAUGAUGUAGAGAGACUAAAGCAGGCGCUCAAUGGCCUCUCUCAGCUCACAUACACCAGCAGCAGCCCCAGCAAGAGGCAGAGCCAGCUGGUUGACACCCUGCAGCACCAAGUAAAGGCCUUGCAGCAGCAGCUAGCUGAUGCUGACAGACAGCACCAAGAAGUAAUCGCGAUCUAUCGGACACACCUUCUGAGUGCUGCCCAGGGCCACAUGGACGAGGACGUCCAGGCAGCUCUCCUACAGAUCAUACAGAUGCGGCAGGGACUCGUGUGCUAGUGCCAGUGCUGACCACCCCUGGCAUUCCUGCCCAGCUGCCCAGUGUGCCUUGUGCCCUCUGUGCCUCUCAGGGCCUUGCUCUGCUAGUACAAUUACAAUAAAACAUGUUGUGUUCUGUC